AUGACUCAGGCAAAGCAAUGCCAAUGCCAGCGAUUCGGCGCCAGACCGUCAACCGCUGGCGGACCUACGCCGUCGCAGAGUACCAGCAGCCUCGCAUUACAUCAACAAAACAUUCGGACGUCUGUUGAUGCACCACUGCGGAACGUAUCACCUUCGAUGUCCGGAGCAUCCAUUGGGCACCGCGCAAGGCAGCGCAGCCAAGGGUUCUUUGAGCCUUCUUUACCGCAUACCACAUCGAACAGUACCGGCCUGAGUGCUUCAACCAUCGCCGCUCAGACCGCGAUGCACCAUAUGUCGCCACCACCAAUGCAUGGCUGGGAACGUAAGCGAUCACAUCCCGGACUAGCUCCUAUCAAUACUGGCGGAGACGCUAGCAGACGGUCGAGUAACACGCAAAGCCCGCAGGUGUACUCGGCCGGCGGUCUACCCUACAGUAAUGGUACUGUGGGUGGCAACAAGCUGGCUGCAGCAACGGCAGCGAAUGUUGCAUUCCCAAAUGGUCGAAGCCCGCUACCUUCGCCAAACUCAAUAGCGCCUCAAAGCUCGCCUCCGCCGAUCUCUACCCCUGAUAAGGAGCCGAAAGCCAAGAGUUCGAAGAUGAAGCUCUUCUCGAAACCCAAGUCCCUGUCCUUAGCGAAGGACAAAGAGGGUAAAGUACCCGCUGGCGCUCCCUCACCUGGAAAAGGAAGCAUCACCGCGAGCCUUCUUCGAAACGGAUUUGCCAGUGCUUCGACGACUAGCCUUGUUGACCCAACUUCUGGUGCGGGUUCGAUCUAUUCGUCUGCGAAUGCGUCUACUUCUACGCUUGUACCCCUGACAACCUUGGACAAGGAGAAGGAGAAGCGCCCUCACUUCUUGUCAAGGCAGAAGCACAAGCUCAAGGAUGAGCCUGCUCAGCUUCCGCUGUCUUCUGCUCAUUCCAACUCCCAACCCACUAACCCGGAGAAGCCGCAACCGCUCUAUUCGUUCACCCCUGAUUCACCGGGUCCUGGCAGCUUCACGAAGUCAAUGUCCGGCUUCGAUCUCAGACACGGCGCUCGGGCAUUACGCGAGAAGAAGAAAGAAGAGAAAGCUGCUGCUGCCGCUGCGAAGCUCGAUUUGGCACCGUCCGUGACGAAUACAUCCACUACGGGGCAAUCUGAUCAGUACCUUGGGCCCAGUCAAUAUGAUAACAACUUCGGACCUCCCUCUGUCAGCGCAAGUGUCUUCUCCUUCCCAACCGACACCACUGCCUCGGCGAUGACUUCGCUGCAAACAUUCAAUAGCAUCGGCGCGCAGAUGGGUCUUCCUGGUAUUGGGCCGGACGAUGCGUGGCCGCUUCUCAAGGCUCGCCUACUCAACCUGUUCUCGGGUGAAGAUCUGCGAACACCAAUCGAAGACUUCAACAUGCUCGUCAACGUGCAUAUUCGACGGUGCAUACAGCGCAAAUCUCCAAUUGUUCUGAUUGAAGAUGUCCGCGAGCUGCUCCAAACCGGCUUCGUUUCGCUCUCACAGACUCUGAGGGGCGUGCCUGACGAUAGGCUUGUGCUCAAACUUGUCGAAAUGUGGAUUAGCGUGUACGGCACCGUCUUGCCAUUCCUGCAAGCUGUCUUUCUGCCCCUCGACCUGGAGUUCAAAGGCACAGGUACCAUCAUGAGCGCGCGGGAAGCGCAAGAGUUCUGGGGCGCUAUGCCGCAGUCACUGAAAUCUGACGAGAGACCCUCCUCCGCUGGCGGCACGAUACGAAUGCCAAGCCUUGGUGAAGAGCUAGAUGUGCGACGGUUGACGCUCAUCUCCUUCCGAGACACUGUCAUAUUACCGCGCCAUGAGCCGUUGAUGGCUACUUUCAGCCGGCUAUCGCUUGACAGCAUCAAUGCCGGGGCGUCACCUGACCCUGCCGCAGAGGGACGCAAGCACGCGCGAAGUGAUCCCGCGACCACCGGUGCCGAGAGACCUGGUACUGCAGGCAGCCUCAGCCCACAUCUGAGCAGCUUCAACUCGCAAGGCUCGACAUUGCUUGAUGCCGCCAGCAGUUCCUCGGGCGGCGCUCUGAGCUUGGCGAGUAGAAGCCGCGCGACGUCGAACACCUCAGCAGGCUCGUUCGGCACCAGCAUGCCGCAUCUUGGCUCGCCAAUCAGCGCUGGGCCGGGUUCAUUCAGCGCCACGAAUCAACCAGUCUCUCCGCCUGCAGCCUUCACCGACCCUGCGAAAGUCACGGAGACGGUGGCAAGGAUGCUGCAGUGCCUGUACGUCCUGGCUAGUUGUCAGACCGGCGAUGUCGGACAGGGCAUUGUAGAGCGGCUUACGGGCGCCUUGAAGUAUAAUUGGCUUGGUCGAGGAAGGACUGGUAGGGAUCGACGAGGGUUUGUGGGCAUGAGAAGUCCUAUUGCGCAAAGGGUAGGCUUGGUUGGUGCGUAG